AUGGGCAAAUCUCUAUCUCGAACGUUGACCGGGGUCAUUGUGUUUGCCUACGGCCUAUUCACAAUCGCCCUCUAUGCACUGAGCGCCAUAUCGAAGGGGACCUAUUUCAAACGCCCCACCGAGAAAGAAAAAUUGGAGUUACAGCUCGCUCGUGAUCGCUUGUGGAAUCUCUCCAAGGACUACGAAGGCCUCUCCCACCACCUCUUGACUUUGCAGAGCGGGUUCAAGUUUCAUUUCCUGAGCAACGAUACCCCCAAUACUGCGCAAACUAUUGCAUCAGACAAGCCACUGGUUAUAUUCAUUCACGGAUUCCCCGAUAGUUGGGCUAUAUGGCGACACAUUAUCAAGAACCCUGCUUUGCAGCAAGCUGUAUCGAUCGUCGCGAUUGACAUGCCAGGAUAUGGAGGAACCGACAGCCUGGAGAAAUAUACCGCAACCAAUGUGCUGGAGAAGCUUACUGAGCUUAUCGUCACCCUUCGGACGCAAUAUGGUGUGGACACGGAUGCCGAGAGCAACAAGAAGAAGACCGUGAUUGUCGCCCAUGACUGGGGCUGCGUCUUGUCGAUGCGCCUUGCCGCUGAAGCUCCAUCGUUGGCCCAUCGAUUCAUCUUGUCCAACGGACCCUCGGUUAAAUUGGUGGAGUCGAAUGUCCGCCGCAUACUGUUCUCAUCCAAGAAGAUGCUCAGCAACGCCUGGCGCAACCCUCUUCAAGCUCGCGUUCCCCUCACGCAAGCAGUACGGACUAUCUCCCCACUGUUCCGCCAAAUCUUCCUCUCGGGAUACAUUUUUGCCAUGCAGCUUCCCAUUCCCCUCGUCCACCACUUCCUGACCGCAGGCAACCUCUCACUCUUGAGGUCCAUUCAUAUCAGAUCUCGUGGCAAGGCCGAGCACAAUGCCCACGAUAUCUCUGAGUGCAUGGCGAGCAGCAUGGGGCCAUCAGUUGCUGAAGCCAAGACCAAGACUGCCAGUGGUGACUCUUACCCUAUCACUUUGCAGGACGAGCGCGCAUUCGCGCACAUCAUCCACAUGGCGAACUAUUACCGCCACCGGGCGUCGACUUCGCCCUGGAAUAAGUCCGCCCAAACCGUCGCCAGUCUGCACAGUAUCACCCCCGGCGCUGGGCGCGCCAGCAGUGGCGCGGGUCUCUUCAAUGAAGGACCCCCAGGAGCUCUGAAGGCCAGCACGACCGUGUUCUGGGGCCAGAAUGAUCUCGCACUCGAUCGCAGAAUCUGUCUCGACGGCAUGAGUGAUUUCCUGGUGCAGGGAUCGCAGAUCGUCCUGUUGCCUCGAACGGGCCACUGGACUCCGGUUGAGACGGAGAGUCGGGCUGCUCUUCUCAAGGCCGUGGAGUGGACGGUGCAGGGGGAGAAGGGGGAUAUCGGGGAUGCUCUCCAGACCUCAUAUCCCGGUGUGCAGGUGACGUUUUCGAAAUAA